AAGCUAGUUCCUCCUCCUCUCUUUUUUAAAAUCAUAGUCUGACUCAAGCGCACUCUCUGCAUUGAAGGAAAACGACUGAUUUUCUGGAUUUCUGGAAAAUUGUUGUAGGCAACACUCCAGCCCAGGCCUGCCUUUAUAUUCCUUCCUUUUUCUUUCAUACACACGCAUGCAUGCACCAAAUUCCAUGUUACACCGGAAGUGCUCAUCUAAGUGCAAGUGCAUUAGAUGUCCAGUAGCAUUGCUAGAAGAUUUCUCUGGAAGCAAAGUUCUUUGAAGAGGUCUUAGGAUAUCCAGCCUGUUUAGUCUAAUUCGGCCGUGAAGCCACCAUGUCUCUCACAGAUCAUCACAUCUUUGUUGAACAGCAAAUUUCACACAAAUUCCAAGUGAAAGUGUUGCGGGCUGAAAAUGUCACCAAAGGAGCUCUCGGAGACCUGUUGGAUACCCCUGACCCAUAUGUGGAGCUGUUCAUCCCCACCGCCCCUGAGAGCAGGAAGAAAACACGUCAUAUAGAUAACGACAUCAAUCCAGAGUGGAAUGAGACUUUUGAAUUCAUCCUCGACCCCAACCAAGACAACGAGCUAAACCUGACAUUAAUGGAUGCUAACUAUGUCGUUGAUGAAAAGCUGGGUACGGCCUCUUAUGACAUCUCUAAACUCAAAGUUGGACAAACAGUGCUGGAGUCAUUUCUUAUUGGAAAAAUGACCAAUGUGUACUUAGAGCUUUCCUUGGAGGAGUGCUGCACGAUGGACCUGCGGUUUAACCUGGAUCUGUGUCCUAAAGAAAAGCUCUACAGACAACAUCGGCGUGAUAGAGUCAUGCUGGGCAUCAAGAAAUUGCUACACAUGGAGAAACCUUCCUCCCUCCCUUCCUCUCCUCAUGAGGUUCCAGUGAUUGCUGUGCUGGGCUCAGGGGGAGGUUUCAGAGCAAUGGUCGGGUUCUCUGGGGUUAUGAAGGCUUUGUAUGAGUCUGAAGUUCUGGACUGCGUCACAUAUGUUGCUGGACUCUCCGGAUCCACCUGGUACAUGUCCACUUUGUACUCCCACCCAGAGUUCCCCACUAAGGGCCCAGAGCAGAUCAACCAGGAGCUGAUGAACCGCGUGAACAGUAACCCUCUCCGACUACUCCUUCCCAAACACAUCACUAAAUACGUACAUGCCUUGUGGAGCAAGAAGAGCUCUGGGCAGCCUGUUACCUUCACAGAUAUUUUUGGGAUGUUAAUAGGCGAGACGCUCAUUCCCGCUAGGAUGGACACCAAGUUGAGUGAAUUGCAGGAAAAGAUAAAUGAAGCUCAGGCUCCUCUGCCCUUGUUCAGCUGCCUGCAUGUAAAACCAGAUGUCUCUGAGCUCAAGUUUGCAGACUGGGUGGAGUUCAGUCCAUAUGAGAUCGGAAUGGCUAAAUAUGGAACCUUCAUGACCCCUGACCUUUUUGGAAGCAAGUUCUUCAGAGGAAAUGUGAUCAAGAAGCACAAAGAGAACCCUCUUCACUUCCUAAUGGGUGUGUGGGGCAGUGCCUUUUCCAUCCUGUUCAACAGAAUUCUGGGAUUGAAUGACGCGACGAAGGGCAGCACCAUGGAGGAAGAACUAGAACAGAUCAAACCGGAACACAUCGUGGGAGAGGACAGUCUAGAUAAUGAUGAAGACUCAAAUAAAGAGGACGAGUAUCAGGCCAGCUGGAUGCAGCGCAUGGUUAGCGCUCUCUUCAGUGACUUUUUUAAUACACGAGAAGGCAGAGCGGGAAAAGUACACAACUUCAUGCUGGGCUUAAACCUAAACAAUGACGUGCCAUUUUCGUCUUUCACGGAGUCCGUCAGUCCCACAGAGGAUGAAACUGAUGCGGUCACAGACCCAUGCGAGUUUGACUGUAUCUACGAGCCAUUAGACGUAAAGAGCAAGAAGAUCCAUGUGGUGGACAGUGGCUUGACCUUUAACCUCCCUUAUCCUCUAAUUCUAAGGCCUCAGAGAGGUGUUGAUCUUAUCAUCUCCUUUGAUUUUUCUGCCCGACCGAGUGACUCAAGUCCUCCAUUUAAGGAACUUCAGCUAGCUGAGAAAUGGGCACGAAUGAACAAACUUCCGUUCCCCAAGAUCGACCCGAAGGUGUUUGACCGGGAAGGGCUGAAGGAAUGUUAUGUGUUUAAGCCCAAAAAAGGAGAAAGGAACUGCCCAACUGUCAUCCAUUUCGUCCUGGUCAAUAUUGAAUUCAGGACAUUUAAAGCCCCAGGUGUUCCACGUGAAACAGACAAAGAGAGAGAAUUUGCAGACUUUGACAUCUUCGAUGACCCCGAGACGCCCUACUCCACAUUCAACUUCCAGUAUUCCAAUCAAGCUUUCACUCAGCUGCAUGAUCUUAUGGAAUUUAACACGCUUAACAACAUAGAGGUCAUCAAAGAAGGCAUAAAGGACAGUAUCUUGUAUAGGAAGGAGAUUCCAUCUCGCUGCUCUGUCUCCCUUUCUCUCAGUGAAAUACAAAAUAAAAAACUCCUGAAGAUGGAGUCCAAAGGACAAGCAUACCAAUAAGGAGGCGGUCUAUUAUGGCAUUCACGCCACAGGAAGUUUACAGAUGUCACACAUCUCAUCAUGGAAACAUUUUUUUUAAACUGAAAAAUAGCUCAACAAACUGUGAAACUAGAUGGUCUGGUUUGGUGGGAGGGUUUGGAGGGAGAACUUGUGACUGACACCAUGAAAACAGCAUUUACAAUGCAAUUGUUGUCAUUAAGUUGUGCGGAUGUAGCAAUUCCAGAGAGUGUGGUGUGAAGUGCCGGAGUAAAUGUAAACAAAUCAAGUUUAAAGUGCUUAGAGGUUUACUUCUUGAAGACUUAAAAAGGUGCCCCCCCCAAAAAAAAAAAAUAAAAAUAAAAAAAAAUAGACAUAGAGGAAAUUAUAUAGACAAAGAAGAAAUUAAUACAUGUUUGGAAAGACAUAAGUAAAUGAUGACCGAUUUCUCAUUUUUGGUUGAACAAUCCCUUUAUUGCAAAAUUAUCUUCUGGAUAUUAUAAUAAGUGUAUUAAUCCCAAGAAUGUUACUGAAAGCACCUUUGGGCAUUUGGCGUGUUUGUGUUUGGUUUAAUGGCAACUGCUAAAACAAGAUCCUGAUUUAUCUUCAUGAACUAAGGGAGUGCCUCAAAAAAUAAAUAAAAGGAAUAUCCUAAGUUACAAAACAAAACAUGAAACCAUAGAAAUCCCACCAUUCCACAAUCUUGUGCGAGUCUGUUAAACAGGUGUUUUGUUUUUUUAACCCUAUCUUGUUAUUUUAAGUUUCCCUUUAAAUGCAGAGAUAGUUUUUAUUUCUAACUGAGUCAUUUCCUUUUACCCUUAACCCACUAUUGUCUAUUAGUAAGUGAACGGGAGAGGAGAGGAAGUGUUAGUUAAUCCUCAAACCGAUAAAUCAAUAUCAGGAUGAUGUUAUAAAUUCUUUUUAUACACCACAACUAUGUAGUCAAUUCCAGUAGGUCAUG